CGCGCUUUGGAAAACAUGCGGCUCGGGGGACCCCCCCGCAGCCCCCGCUCGGCACAGAGACCUGAGGGGGCCCGGAGUUGUCGAGCCCACGUGCAGUUUGGCAAGUGCCCUCAGCGCCCAGCAAGCCGCACUAGAUGCCCCUCUCCCAGGCCCUCCGCGUCUUCGGCGGUUCGUGGCUACGCUCGGCAGAGGCGCCUCUGGCCCGCAUCCCUGCCCCCUUGCGGGGGCAGUCUCAAGAGGAGACCUCGACCGCGCGUCUCAGAAAGCCGAGGCUCCACCUCCUGCAGUCCCGCCACCUCUCCGGCUGCGAAAAACGGCUCCUCCCCAAAGGCCUCCCCAGAUCCCCAACCCCCAGUGGCCAGAGAGGCAGUGAUUAGGGGCGGGUCCCAGCUGGGCAAGGCGGACGCUUAUGAGAAGGUGCUUCCGGGCCAAAGAGUGUGCAAGAUGGCGGCGCCCAUGGAGCUAUUCUGCUGGUCAGGGGGUUGGGGACUGCCGUCGGUGGACCUGGAUAGUCUGGCAGUGCUGACCUAUACCAGAUUUACAGGUGCUCCACUGAGGGUACACAAGAUCAGCAAUCCUUGGCAGAGCCCGACAGGAACUCUGCCUGCCCUUCGAACCAGUGAUGGAGAGGUCAUCUCAGUACCACACAAGAUCAUCACCCAUCUUCGUAAAGAGAAGUAUAAUGCCGAUUAUGAUCUGUCAGCUCGGCAAGGAGCAGAUACCCUAGCCUUCAUGUCUCUGCUGGAGGAGAAACUGCUACCUGUGCUAAUACAUACUUUUUGGAUAGAUGCCAAGAACUAUGUGGAAGUGACCCGAAAGUGGUAUGCAGAGGCUAUGCCCUUUCCCCUCAACUUCUUCCUGCCUGGCCGCAUGCAGCGCCGGUACAUGGAGCGUCUGCAACUGCUGUGUGGCGAGCACAAACCAGAGAGCGAGGAAGAACUAGAGAAAGAGCUAUAUCAAGAGGCUCGGGAGUGCCUAACCCUUCUCUCCCAACGUCUGGGCUCUCAGAAAUUCUUCUUUGGAGAUGCCCCUGCAUCUCUGGACGCCUUUGUCUUUAGCCAUUUGGUCCUGCUGCUGCAGGCAAAGCUGCCCAGUGGAAAGCUGCAGGCCCACCUUCGGGGGCUGCACAACCUCUGUGUCUACUGUACCCACAUCCUUAGCCUCUACUUUCCCCGGGAUGGAGGUAAGGAGUGGAUGGAGAGAAUGGGCUGGAUCCAAGGACUAGCUCCCUUGCCCACCUUCCUUCCUUGCUCCCUAGCUGAGGUACCACCUCCAUGCCAGACACCAGCAUGCCCUGAGACUGAGGAGGAGCCAUACCGGCGCAGGAACCAGAUUCUGUCUGUGCUGGCAGGGCUGGCAGCCAUGGUGGGCUAUGCCCUGCUCAGUGGCAUUGUCUCUAUCCAGCGGGCAACUCCCACUCGGGCCUCAGGCACCCGGUCCUUGGGCAUGGCUGAGGAGGAUGAAGAAGAAUGAUGUGUUCAUGUUCUCAGGACCCAUUUUUCUACUGUCAUGCAUUCCACAUGCCUCUUUUUCUCCCCAUUGUUGGAGCAGCCAAAAAUGGGGUGCUAUCCCCAGAAUAAAGCUGUUUACACUAA